GAGUUGCCUGGGGUCGGGGGCGGGAAGGAUCUAGGAGGCUGCCUUUUUUAACGAGACUUUGCUCGAGUGGGCCUGCGCCUCGCUCGCUCCCAGGCCAGCUUCCUCCAUGCAUGCCCUGCCCACCCGGCAUCACCUCCCCUCCCCUCCCCUCUCUCCUGUUUCAGUAUCUGCAGAGUUGAGAGAAACUACCCGUGGUGUCUAAACCACUAAUUUAAAAAGGCUGUCUGUGCAAGAUGAGAGGGUUGGUGGCAUCACCGUCUGUUAACUUUUAUUUACACUGUGGCCUCAUUGCAGUUCGUCUCGAGUAACUAGGGCAGAGGUACAGGCCGGUUCUUCCAGUAGAGACCCCCUUUCCUGGAGAAGAUAGCAGUUUGUUGACUCCAUGGAGUUAAGAAGAUUCUUCAGAGGAGACCCCUCCAGCUACUCAGAACUUUAUCAUUCCAAAAAAGGAGAUCCAUACAGUUCCAGAUAUGGGCAAAUGGAAGCGCUCUCAGGCAUAUGCUGACUACAUCGGCUUUAUCCUUACCCUCAAUGAAGGUGUGAAAGGGAAGAAGCUGACCUUCGACUACAAAGUCUCUGAG